AUGCGCCUUUCCCGCUAUGUGCAGCUCAAUCCCGAGGUCAUAGAUUCCACUCUCCAGCGGCUCAGCUGCGUUUCGCAGAAUAUCACUGAGGUGGACAUUGAUAUGGUUUUCCUUUCCCUUUUGCUGAAGGAACCACUUCCAUCUCCCGUGCAGCACGCAAUUACGGAGCUUCUCCCGCAAGGGGCGCGUGCAGCUGCAAAGGGGUGUGGCCGUGUGGGUGUGCAGGGAGCAGGGAUGAACGCGGCCAUUGCUGUGUCACUUCACACAGUGCUUCUUUCCAGAAAUAGGAUUACAACCACCAUCGGACUUGUUCAGUUCAAGAGCGUGGUGCGGCUCUCGCUUCUCGGAAACAGAGUGCAGCGCAUAGAAGACUGCGAGGGGCUCUCGCUGUUGCCGUUGCUCCAGUUUCUCUCAUUAGAAUUCAAUCCAGUUACGCAGCUUCCGCAUUAUCGUGCCCAUAUGUUGCGCAUCUGCUCGUGGCCCGAAAGCCUCCAGCCCAAGAACUGCCGUCUGCGAAAGCUGGACACGCGGCCCGUUACGGCCGUGGAAGUGGAGAGGGCCGCUCAGUGUCUUCAGCGUGAGAAAGUGACUAUGGGGGAGCUUGUCCAACGUAUGCGCUUUGUGGCCUUCCUUAUCGAGGCUAAGAAACGGAUUGAUCUACACCAUGAACUUCGCCGUAGGGGUGUUGUUGUACAGGACAUCACGGUGAACAUGACUGUUGAAAAUGUCGUCACACGAUGUUCAACGCAGCUACUGGCCCUUGUCGAUGUCAGCGCCGCAUCGCACUUUGUGCGUCGCCUUAUGAGCGGCCGAUGUCGGUUAUGCGAUAUUAACAACCAUGACACCGGCGUCGGUUCCGACUCCCUCUGCAGGUCGGACUCCUCCCUCUUGGCACAGUCGCCAAACCAUUCGCAGGGGGACAUCAAUGCGUUGGUCCUUCACCACCCUCAGCACGCGGUACUCACCACGUUUUGUAAGGACUGGUCAAAGGAUGUGUUCCGACGGGCCACAACAUCCCUUGACCAUCGAAUAUGCGGGUUGCUGCUUGACAUCGCGCAUGCACUUGGUGAGGAACUGAGUGUUGUAGAUGUGGAUCAUUUGAACAAACUGUGGUUCAUGCAAGUAGCGAAGGUUGAUAAUUGGAGGCUUCACAAGCAACGGCAACAUCGUGUAGGAUGUGAAGAUGGGAUGUCAGAGGAAAGGUCUCCCGCGUUGUCAUACCAAUCGGCAAAUACACCAAGCAAAGGAACGAAGGGCCAAAGUAGUUCCUUGCAGGAGGAACUUGUGGAGAUCAUGUUGGCGCCCAACGAAAUAUUUACGUCCGGUGGCCUGGUUGUUGGGGACGCUAAUGAUGAAGAGGUUUCACUGACCUGUAUCUCACCCAUCCUCCGCCGGGCCGAAACUGUCAUGUCCAGCUGCAGGAAGAAGGAACUGAUAAAACGGGGGAGUGAGGCGCGGGAUGUUUCUCCACGCCCACUAAGUGAAAAAAGUGAAGGAACUGUGAAGACUCCGACUGAGGCCCAGACAGCAUCGCAAGGGGAGAGGGAUGUGGGUUUAUCGUCUUCUGCGAUGCCGCUUCCCCAGAAGGCUCCCUCACCUCAUCCUUCACCGUGGAAGGAGGAAACCGCGGUGGAUGAUGAGGACGCUUUUCUGAUUAAUAGGCACGUAAAGAAGCGCGUGCUGCGCUGUUGGAACUCAAAAGCGAAGCACAAAUAUAAUAAUAUGCUGUGUUCCAAGUUUGUGCGAGAGAGGUUAACGAAUCUCAUUACAACCACAUGUCCAACGCCACAUUCAAUAUGUACGACACUAGAGUUGCUCCCACGCACGGAGCGGAAGCGAGUGCUUUUUAGGGUCUGGUUGGAGCGUGCACGCUCCCGUUACUUGCCAAGGUACUUCCAACUCAGAUCCCUACUUAUGCGCUGGAGGCACCGCGCGUAUGAAAUGAACAACAUAACGUAUGCUGAGAAUUACUAUCGCUCAAGAACCAUGCACAGUGUGUGCAACCACUGGUGCCGGCGGCUGCGCAUCCGAGAAAAUGCAGCGCGGUGCCGUUUAGAGAAGAGUCCAACAACCAUAGAAGAGCCUUUCGGCGAUCCUGUACCUCAACAGGCAUACGCGGGGGCACACAAAAAUUGCGUUUCCGAACCCAGCACCCGAGAAAAAGGGCCACAACAACUACAACCUGAUGAGGUGAUGACGGCCGAGGCAGACGGUCUCACCUCUAGCGGAAAGCAAUCAUUGGACUGCGCGGGUGAUGGGUCAUAUACACUGCAAACCGACAAGACUCCGAACGUUGUUCAACGACUGUCGCUCCCAAUAACGACGCCAAGUGUAAACAAAUUUUUGCCGACGCAGCCGCAUAGUGUGUCUGACAAGACGACGCAAACGACAGAAAUGGCACCCGGCUGUGGCACAGUUACACGAGAUCAGUGUGCUGCGGCCCGUUUGGACGCACGCGUCGCCGUCGCCGCACUCACGGAGGACCGACUGCGUCUCGUUGACCGAAUCAUUGCACUGGAACAACGAGCCAACGAGGAGGCCGUAACCGUCCAGCACCGUGACAGAGAAAUUUGUGAUUUGAAGAAGAGGCUUGGUCUCAUGGUCCUACGCGAGGAGUGCUUGGAGUCGACUUUGAAUGACUAUAAGAAGAAAUGUGAACACCUGCAGGCCGUUGUGCAGGCGCUUCGUAACGAGCGGCGGGAGUUGCUUCUAUCCGCCUCGAGAUAG